AUGGAAGAAGAAGAUGGUGACGCGUCUACGCCGUUCUGGCUUCAAUCCCGCCGCAAUAACACUCACUUCCGCCGUACAUCUAGUCUCGGAGGCUCCGCAACCACCGUCGCAAUUCAAGCAUUCUUCGCCGGAGCAGCUGUCAUCCUCAUAGUCUUCUUCAUCAUCACUCCAUUCUUUUCCUCUGUUUCACAGUUUCUCCGACCACAACUAGUCCGUAAAAGCUGGGACUACCUCAACUUCGUCCUCGUCCUCUUCGCAGUCAUCUGCGGUUUCUUCAGCCGCAACACCAGCGACGACGAAAGCGAUCACAACAAAGAACACCUCAGUAAAAACAAUGACGUCAUCAACGGAUACAGUUUCGACAAAUUCUCAAAAGGAGGUGAUCAGUUUCCGGAGCAAACGGUGUACAAGAGGCAUAAUAGUUUACGGAGUAGUAGCUCGUAUCCUGAUCUACGGCUCCGAGACUUCGAGUCCGAUGAACGGUGGAGAUUUUACGACGAUACACGUGUAAGUCAAUGCCGUUAUGACGCUUCAGAUUCAGAGAGCGGCAACGGAGGAAAAAAGGUUCAUAGCUGUGGUUCUGAUGUAACAGCGCCUUAUUAUAAUCCGCGGCCUCCUCCUUCUGCUCCACCGUAUCCUCUUUCUCCUCCGCCUUCUCCGCCUCGUGCUCCUCCAGCUUCUAAGCCAGCGAAGAGGAGGACAAAGAAAGUGUACCAAGAUGUUGUUGCAAAGGAAGAGAACAAGGAGAGAAGUGAUUUCGUGGCCGCCACGCUUCCGGUUACUCCGGUUCCACCUCCAGCGACGGUGUAUCAAAAGAAAGGAGGAGCAACUAAGGACUUUCUUAUUACUCUACGGAGAGAGAAGAAGAAGAAGCAAAGGCAACAGAGCAUUGACGGUCUUGAUCUACUCUUCGGCUCAGAUUCCCAAUUUGAAUCUUUACCGCCGCCACCACCGCCACCUCCACCACCUUUCUUCUCGUCUAAAAAAGGUAAAAGCAAGAAAACUAAUUCAAAUCCACCGCCUCCUCCUCCGCCACCAUAUUGGAGCUUUGAAUCACGCGCAUCAAUGGCGAAGAGUAAAUUCAUAGGCACUGGAAGCGAAUCGCCAUUAAUGCCGAUCCCACUGCCGCCACCUCCUCCUCCACCUUUCAAAAUGCCGGCGUGGAAAUUCGUGAAGCGUGGGGAUUACGUCAGGAUGGCUAGCAACAUCAGCAUAAGCUCUGACGAACUUGAUGAUGAUUCGGAUGUAGCUCAAUCAAGCUCAGGAAGGAGAAUGUUCUGUCCGAGCCCUGAUGUGGAUACCAAAGCUGAUGAUUUCAUCGCGAGGUUUAGAGCUGGACUCAAGUUGGAGAAGAUGAACUCUGUGAAAAGAAGGAGAUCCAACUUAGGACCCGAACCUGGACCUGAUGAAUCUGAAUCUUAAACGGGUUAUAAAUCCAUUAGAGGCCCAGGCCCAUGUGCAGACCGUUGAUUUAUUUUUUGGAGUGUUUCAUUCUUGAUCGUCGAUCCCUUUUUGGUGUGUACAUAAGUAAAUUGUGUUGUUUUUCUUUUUUUUUUCCUUCUUUGAAAUAUUUAGUUCUUAAUACAAUUUGCGUUAAGCA